AUGACGGAUGGCACAGGGGCCGCAGAGAGCCUCAUGGAGGCCAGGCGCGUUUACAGCGAGCAGGCCACCUUGGUACAGGGCCCAGCGUACGCCGCCUCACAGCAGUUGUUCUUCGAGCAGCGCAGGGUUGCCAAGCGCGGCCCCCCGACACCGGCCUUUUCCUCCACGGGGCUGGCCACCCCAACCGGAGACACCUUUGGCCCAACGGCUCCAACCGCCUCAGGGAGUACUCCGCCGGCAACGCAAGACACUGGUCUUUUCCAGCCCAUGCACUGCCAGCAGGAGACGGCCUUUGUAGCCACAGCCCACUCCGCCGGUGUCAACGCAAACAACCCGACAGAUAUGGCCCUAUGGAUGAAGGAAACGAUUUCCACCAGGGCGCAAGUCCUGGACACCAUCCGGCAUUACCACACCGCCGUGAUCCGUCCUGAACUCUACAAUUUGAUCAACCAAGUUGAGGCAGCAUUGGUCUCGCUGGACGAUAGACUACUACGCCAAUCCAAGGAGUUAGCCUGGAUGGCUUCAGAGAACAGAGCCCUCCAAAAGCAAAGUGCUGCACUCAUGGUCAUUUUGACCGGCUGGGAUACGAGCAUGUCGCCCUCCGAACGGCUCUUCAUGGUCAAUUGGAUGCUCGAGCUCUGCAGACCCGUCUACUCCGCCGGCAGGGGCACAGAAGUGGAGCUCGGAUGCGCGCACUCCAGUACCCCGCCACCAUAUCAGGGCUACACCUUCGAGGAGACCGAGCCCCGCCAGGUGGUGAUCUUGUGGAAGACGCUCACGGUGAUGUCGCCCCAAAUGGCGCGCGGCUUUGAUGAGCAAGCCACCGCCUGCGCUCGCCUCCACUACUACGCCGAGGGGGAGCAGUUCAAGGGCAUCCUCGAGAUCACAAAGGUCAUCUCCGACUGGCUUGCAACCACUCCGCCCGAUGAGUUGAUGACAGAGGAGGCCACGAUUUGGUCCUACAGCUGGAACAAGAUCGUCUUCGGGGUCCAGCAGGAGAUGGAUGCAGCAGAGCGCGACCAUUUCGCCAACACCAAGGCUGCAGCAAAGGGCACGGGCAAGGGGAUGCUUGCUGGAAAGGGGUCCCGUCACUGGACGGCCCCGAUGAUCUACUCCGCCAGCUCGAUGCCUUACCCGAUCGACCUCGAGAUCAGACUGGUGUCCCAAGUGGCCUACGUUUGGGAUGAGUAUUGUGAUAAGUUUGGCGAAAACAGCCGCAAAUGCGGCGACUACCGCCAGGCUACUUUUUCCGGAGCCCCGGUUGCGGCUACUCCGCUUCUCACGGCCCCCACGGCCUGA